CAAAUUGUCAACACUAGACGGUCAAAAUUUAGGAGCACCCAAACGAUAACAACUUAACACGAAUGCGUCGAGAAUUGAGGUACAGCAGACACGAACGAUGUCCAGGAAAAUACCCAUUCCACUAAGAGUUUUUUGCGUUAGCCUGCUCGUGAUCUACCUAUGGAAAAUCAGAGGACCGGCAGAAAUUGUUCCUAGGACAGAAGUGGACGUAGACAAGUUAAGUCUUGUAGAGUGGCUGCAAAAAGAUGAUCUAAAUUUGACUAAGAAUAAGGAGUGGUCGUCACAAAGUUACACAGAGUAUUUAACAAAGGCUUAUGAACCAACAGAUGAGGAACAUGUCAACCCGCAUAAUUUCAAACUUCUUUUGGACGAGCCAAUGGCGUGCAUGGAUGUCGAAAGCGCGACUCCGAAGCGUGUGGUGCUACUAGUGCUUAUUUCCACUGUUCAUGCUAAUUAUGGACGGAGGCAAGCGAUACGGGAAACAUGGGGGAGUCUGGAGGAGAUAGGAGGGCUACCUGUGGUGACAUUGUUCCUUCUUGCUCGUUCAAAACACUUGGAGACGAGUCUUCAUGAGGAGAGUGCGGUGUAUCAUGAUCUUCUGAUGGAGGAUUUCGAUGACACCUACAAGAACCUGUCGUUGAAGACCAUGAUGGCGAUGAAGUGGGCAAGUACUCAUUGCCCGCAAGCUUCUUUUGUUAUGAAGACGGACGACGAUAUGUACGUCAGCUACCGCAACAUCUUAAACUACAUUUUCAAGUCUGAGAUUGCCAAAACGGAUCUUGCCGUCGGGAUGAAGAUAGGUGGUGAGGCUCCAAUUCGAAAUACGAACAGCAAGUGGUACAUGUCGAAGGAGUUAUUUCCCGGAGACGUUUACCCACCGUGGCUUUCAGGCGGAGGGUUUGUAUUAUCCGGUGAUUUACCCGGACGAAUCUACGCAGUGUCUCUCAAUACCAAACUUCUGCAUCUUGAAGACGUCUUCGUUGGAGUCUGUCUUGAAAAGUUGAAGAUAAAUCUAAUCAUGAAUCGACAGUUUUCGAACAGGAGAUCGACGUACUCUUAUUGUAAAUUCCGUAAUAUUAUAACCACUCAUGGUGUACCUUAUCACGACCUAAAGGCAAUUUGGACGGAUCAAUUAGUUGACAAACCAUGUUGGUUCUGGACGUAAUCGAAAAGAUCUCUUCAUCCACUGUUAGUUGUUGAAUUUUUUCUUCAUAAUUAGAGAAAAAAACUAAUUUACAAUUUUUAAAUUCACAAUAGUCGACAGUCGAUUGUUAGGAAUGAGUGAAGGAGUGCGUGAAUGCGUGGGGGCACAAUGUCACGUAAGUUUUUAAGCACAAAACAAUGUUUCAGGCAAAUUUCUGGGCACAAUGUCACAUAAGUUUUUAAGCACAAAACGAUGCUUCAGGCAAAUUUCUUUCAUGCGCAAAAAAUUGAGUGGGGCGCCCUGGAGCGACAAUAAUGCAAUACUUAAAAAAAAAUUGAAUUUGUUGAGUGCUUUCACUGUAUCUCAAAAGGUUCUCUCUGCAUGAUAUUUUCAGAUUUCUUGUAAUAUUUCUGACCCUUCUUCCAAAGAAGGAUAAUUUGUUGACGGUUAAAUUUGUAAAUCAAGAUGUUUUCUUUAUUUCAUUUAAUAUUUCUGACCCUUCUUUUGAAGAAGGAUAAUUUGUUGAUGGUUGAAUACUUAAAUUAACAUUCUGUA